GUAGUUAAAGUAAGUAGGUGAAGCUGGUUCAAAGACUCAAAGGAAGAAGAAGAAGACGAAGAUAUUUGUUGAAAUGGAGUACUCACAGUCAAGCAAAGUAUUAGCUGAUGAUGAGGAGGAGUUGAUGGAGAAGAGAAGUUACCGUAUAUUUCCAUGCCACUUCCUUGAAGAAGCAGUCAGGGCUUUCUUCAAGUGUUUGGGUAUUGAGACUAAAUAUCAGGAGGACAAAGAAAACCCCAAGGAAGCUACUCCUGCUUCAACCCCAGAACAGAAUGAUGCAGAUCCAUCACUUCCGACGACGGAGGACGAUCCUCCAUCUUCAUCAGCUACAACAGGAACCACAGACGAAGUUGCUGCAAAUACAACGACAAAUUUGAGGGCUCGUGCAAGACCAGGACUAAGCACAGGGGGAGGUGGGAGAAUUAAUUCAUUAAAUAAUUAACCUCAGUUCAUCUUGUUUAUACACCCCUUUAUCUUCUGUGGAGAUAUCUAUGGUUAACAAGUCUGUUAAUUAAAUAUCUAUGUAUAUAGGUAAUCUCCUGCGUUUUUUUA